UUGAACGCGUAGAAAAAGCGCUCCAGCUGACUGUUGCAAAAAACAAUAUAACGAAACUAACAUUAAUUAAUAUAGAUAUCACAGUUAAACAUGUAGUAGGCACAUCCCUCGGUGGCUGAUCGGACGCAAGAUAGCUUUUGAAACUAUUACAGCUAGGCUAGCUUCUCCAGGUAACAAACAUUAGCUUGUGAUCUUUGUAGUGUUUAGCUUAUUUACAUAACAGCUAACCUGACGUUGCUGUGGUUAAUGUUAGCUGAUUAAAAGUUCUAGAUCCUACAAGUAAUGGACCGACCACCGAGGAAGACUAAGGUCGUGAAUUACUCUGAAGCAAAAGACUUUGACGAUGAUGACGAUUUUGUCUGCGUGAAGGCUCCGCCCAGCAAAAGGGCCAGGGAAGAUGUGAAACAGGAGCACAGUAAAUCAUCGAGCAUGUCCUCCAAUCAGGAGUCCAACUCACAAUCCGCAACGAGCCAGAAGAGCAGAAGACCAUUAGAAAGAGAACUAGAAGCAGCCAUUACGCUAUCCUUGCUCAAUAAUGGAGAUGGGAUAAAGGACCAGUCUUCAACCCGUAACGAUGUCACGAUUCAAGUUCCGGUAGAUGAAAACACAGAUCCAACUUCUGCGCACCUGUCCAACUGCAGUGUGGAUUUGACAGUUUUGGGCCUGGAUGAAAUCACAUCAGAAAAAGAGUCGCCUUCCCGUUCCAGACAAAGAAAAGCUGCCAGCAGAGCCGCUGAGGAGCAGAAGAACAAGCCUACGGAUGAAGAUGAAGACUAUGAGCCCAAACUGACACCAGAUUCAGAAAGUGAUGAAGAUUUCAGUGAACCAGCCGAGAGUGAAGAUGAGGAAUUCACAGUGAAGAAAGUCGGCAAAACAAAAAAGAAGGAAAAAGUUACCAAGAACGAGAAGAACAAACCGCCUCCUUCCUCUAAAGAAAAGCAAGCAUCAAAACCAUCAAAGUCUAAAUCACAGGCAGCAGCAGCUUCCACACCGGUGAGAAGUCCUCCAGCGGCCAAACUUGCACCCAAAAAACCUGCUUCAUCAUCCACAGUUUCUUCGCAGACACCUGUAUUACCCCUGAGCCCAGCAGGGGGCAGAAUACCCAAGUGGAACCCACCAGCUCAAGUUGGUAGGAGUCCCAGUUCAUCCAGUCCAGCUGUGAAGUCUCCAGGUCAGGGUCUGCGCCUCGGGCUGUCCCGUCUCGUUCGAGUCAAACCUCUUCACCCCGGUGUUUCGAGUCACUGACCUGUCUGUUGAUGCCCCUGCAUGUGUCAGUUUGUGUUGUCCUUUUAGCUUUAUUUAAGAAAAAAUAAAUAAAAAAGAUAUUUGUAAAUAUUCAAUUCUGUUUUCACAGCUAUACAUAUAAAGUGACUCCAAGGAUGUAUUUUUCCAUGAGGCCACUUGCACCUCGCACCAUACAUUGUUAACAGGCCGAAGAGCUGGUGGCUAUAAUUACUUAUUAAUGUUAAUUGUAAUAACAGUACAGCAGUUGUGUCUGUAGAUUUCUUUGAUGAUUCCAAUGGGAGUUCAUUAAACUGUUGUUGGUAUUACUUGAAUGUGGAAAAAUCAUCCCUUUUUUUUAAAGUCUCAUAAUCUCCCU